AUGCUACUACUCACACUUCUCGCUGUCGUUGGGAUAUCCGUCGUCCUGGCAUUUGAUAACUCACGAUACGACAACCCUUUCUCUGAACUGUUCGCCAGAUACUGGGGCCAGAACUCUUACGGUGCAACUCACUCUGAUACCGCCAACUAUCAACAAACGCUCUCUUUCUACUGCAAUGACGACGCGAUAGAUGUCUUUCCAUUGGCGUUCCUCAACGUAUUCUUUGGAACAGGUGGUCUGCCCUCAAUCAACCUCGCAAACACUUGUAAUAACGUCGAUAACACCACAUUCCCUGGGACAGAAUUGGCUGACUGUUCUUUGUUGGCCACAGACAUUGCCACUUGCCAAGCAAAGGGGAAAAUCGUAACUCUCAGUCUUGGUGGAGCAACUGGCUCUGUAGGAUUCAGCUCUGACAGCCAGGCCGUUCAGUUCGCCAACACAAUUUGGAACCUGUUCCUUGGAGGAACUUCAGACACCCGGCCAUUUGGUAGUGCAAUUUUAGAUGGUGUCGACCUGGACAUUGAAGGCGGGACGUCGUCAAGUUAUCCUGCGUUUGUGAAUGAAUUAAGAUCAUUGGCUACUGGCACAUCGAAAUCGUAUUAUAUUACAGCUGCGCCACAAUGCGUUUUUCCUGAUGCUGCGCUGAGCGGUGUUCUGAAUGCUGCCAGCUUCGACGCAAUAUAUGGUACGCGUUUCUACAACAACCCUUGUGGUCUGACAAACUUUGGGGAAGCUUCGAAUUGGAACUUUGGAAUCUGGGAUGCUUGGGCUCGUAACACGAGCCUCAACCCUGAUGUCAAGGUCUAUAUUGGUGCACCGGCUUCAUCAACUGCUGCAGGAUCAGGAUACGUCGACAUCGGAACUCUGAGCGAAAUUGCUGUGCAGAUGCGGAAUAGCUUCCCGUCUUUCGGAGGCGUGAUGCUCUGGGAUGCUUCACAGGCUUACGCGAAUGAUCGCUACGACCUGGCCAUAAAGGAAGCCCUUGCAGCGGCCGGUGGAGUGGGAUUUACCUAUCCAGCUUGUUCUGCCGCCAAUUACUCCACUGGAAGUGUCUAUAUAGCCUCCUCGACAGCAAAGUGGUGGACUCAGUCGGAGCCUGCGAGCAAUCCUAAUGGAGAUUGGAGUGCCAGUUCGUCUCUUCCACUUCUAUCUGUCCAAGGUACAGAAUACAGCGGUUUUCUUUUAGUUAGCGCCUGUUCUGGCUCUGGUUCAAAUGGAGGGAACCCCACGACGACCACGGCUACUACUACUACUACCUCCGCUGGAAGCACUCCCACCUCUGGAGGAGCCUGCACGGGAGUAGACGAAUGGGAAGGCACGACGAUUUAUGUUAGUGGUGAUCAAGCAGUAUACAAUUCCCAUUUGUGGACCGCGAAGUGGUGGACGCAAGGUGAUACUCCCGGAGGUGAGUGAACCGCGGGUGCAUCUGUGGUGUUGAUAGAAUCGAUCUUGUGUGUGCAGGGUCCGCGGGCGUUUGGGUCGAUCAAGGUGCAUGUGUGUCGCUGAGGAAAGUCUCACCGGCACCCAAGCCCACCUCGACAGGUGCUCGAGGGUCAGGCUACUUUUCGCGGGACGAUGCCUUGUAGGAGCUAGGGUGGGAGUACCUCUAGAAUUAUGGAUAUGAUGGCAUGUAUUACAGUGUAGAUGACGAGUUCAUUUUCGAUUCUUUGCAUUCAUUUGCCAACCAGCCGUACUGCACCCACUUAUCUGAGACGACACAGAACAGAAAUAGGGCCAUCGAGGAUAGCGACGAUAGAAUGUCGAUUUCGUUACGUAUGCACCCCGAGAUGCAGUGAU